AUGGCCGUAUUCUCACAUAGGCAUCAUCAUUGGGCGUACAUCUGGAUACCCUUGUUCGGUGCGUUCAUCUGGUUCGGAACAUUGUGGGCAAUGUUGAUCACCUGGCUCGCGCAAGGAAGACCUCAUUACGUGUCGAUGGAUGGCAAUAUUGCCUACAUCUCGGAUAUCGGAGCUGAUAUUCUCAAGCCUUUAUUUAUCGUCGGUUGCUCCAUAACUGCCGUAUCUUUCUUCUUGUCGCUGGUAAUUGAAAGAUAUUUGAGGCAUUCCGGUCGUCUACUCCCUAACAUGCGCACGCGUGAACGCGUAAUGAAUACACUGGCAGCUUUUGGGGCCCUGAUUGGGGGAGUUGGGCUCAUCUUGCUCUCUGUGUUUGAUACGAAGCGACAUUCAAGCUUGCAUCGGCUUUUUCUUCUCAUAUUUAUGAUUGGAGUGGCCCUUAGUGCUCUUUUUACGGUCAUGGAGUACCGUUGGCUCAGCAAAGAUUUCUGGGGCGUAAAAGAGUUGAGGCGUGCCUACAAAGCCAAAGGUUUCAUUGCCGGAAUUCUCGUCGUGCUCGCCAUAGCAUUUGGAGUCGCACUAUUCAAGAGGGUGAACGUUGGAGCCGUACUCGAGUGGACUAUAGCGUUUGGGUUCACAUUCUACAUGCUUACUUUCUUUAUGGAUCUGCGACAAGCAAAGGGCAUUCAUAAAGGAGAGUUGAAUCAUUCCCGAAUGACGAAACUAGGAUACGGCGCCAGACCGUGA